UCCCCCUCUCUCUCCCUCUCUCCCAUAAUUACUAAGAAAUCAUAUACCGUUACCUGAGACAUCGGAGGAGGAGGAGGAGGAGGAGGAAUAGGAGUAGGCUCGUAUUCCCUUACCUUACCUUACUAAAUUUCUCGCUAAUCUUCCUUGGCCUAGAAUCAGAUCGCAAUUGAAGACGAUUAGAGGAAGAGGAGGAGGAGGAAGAGGAGGAGGAGGAGGAGGAGGAAGGGACAGAACUACUAUAUAUACGAGAGAGACAGAGAGACAGAGACAGACAGCCAUGGUUAACUCGUAUAUCCUCGCGGUGGUGGUGGUGUUGGUGGUGGUUUUGGAGGUGAAUGGAGGUGAUGUGCCGGUGGUGGUGAGGCCAGGUGGAGGUGUGGCGAUUGGUGAUGGCUUGGCAACACCGGAAUGGCUGCAGAAUAUACCUCAAGAAAGCAAAGUGGCAAAAUAUCGAAAAAGGAGGUUCGCCAGCUUCCCGACGGGCUCAAAACUCGCCGUUGAACUGGUGCUGUCGGUGCCGACGGAAGGGUUGAGCGACAGCGGCAAGAUAGAGAUUGACAACGACCUCUCCUUCAACCUGCCCAACGGCUCCUACUACCACUACGACCACUACGGGAGGUCGUUCGGGCCCUCCCAGCAACGACUGGAGCUGUUUGAACGCAUAGAGCGAUUCCUGUUGGGGCUUGGCUUCGACGGUCGGGCCUGCACGCUGCGGUCGCUCUGUGAGGUGGCGGAGCUGCCCUUCCAACACGGACUGUUCGGCGAAGUGGUCAACCUCCUCCUCAGGGUGGCCGGGGAGUCGUACAAUGAGGUGGAGGGCGGCGAUGAGCUGCCUGAGGACGACUACGCCUUGGCCGAGUACUACGGACGACACCACGGCAACUGCUACGACUACUACCCGACCUGCCCCUUCUCCAUCCUCAACUUCGUCUCCCAUGUCCUGCCUCUUUGAAGGGUCGUACGAGGACCAUUACGACUAUUACGACGACUACUACGACCACUACCCGACUUCUCCUUUCUCCAUCCUGAAUUUCGUCUCCCAUGUAUUGCCCGUUUGAAGGGUCGUACGAGUUAGGUGACCAUUACGACUACUGCUACGACUAUUACGACUAUACUACGACCACUACCCGACUUCUUCUUUCUCAAUCCUGAAUUUCGCCUCCCAUGUGCUGCCUGUUUAAAGGGUCGUACGAGUUAGGUGACCAUUACGACUACUGCUACGACUAUUACGAUUUUACUACGACCACUACCCGACUUCUCCUUUCUCCAUCCUGAACCUCGUCUCCCAUGUCCUGCCUGUUUAAAGGGUCUUACGAUUUAGGUGACCUUUACGACUACUACGACGACUAUACUACGACCACUACCCGACUUCUUUCUCCAUCCCGAAUUUCGUCCCCCAUGUAUUGCCCGUAUGAAGGAUCGUACGAGCUAGAUGACCAUUACGACUACUGCUACGACUGUUACGACUUUUCUACGACCACUACCCGACUUCUCCUUUCUCCAUCCUGAAUUUCGUCUCCCAUGUACUGCCGCUUAAGGAGGGUCGUACGAGUUAGAUGACCACUACGACUAUUAUUACGACUACUGUUACGACUAUCUCUAUCUCUUCCUCCUCCUCUUUUUCCUUCAUGUCUUUCCUUCUCUUCCUUUCUUCUUCCUCCUCCUCCUCCUCUUCCUUCCUUCUCUCUCUUUCCCUCGCUCUACUACUACUACUACUACUACUACUACUACUACUACUACUACUACUACUACUACUACUACUACUAUUACUCCUACCAUAGACGUGACGCUAUACAGACCUGACUAAUUAAUUUAUUCCCUUACGAUUUUGUUGAUAAAUAAAAUAAAUAAAUGAUUGUAUAUUGUAACUAAUUUAUUGUUAUUAUUAUUAUUAUUAUUUUUGUUAUUUGAUUGUUAAUAAAUAAAUAAAGAAAUAUGUAUAGAAGUGAAUGGAUGAAUUUGCAGUAUAUUAUAAGAUGACCUACUACUACUACUACUACUAUUACUACUACUACUACUACGACCAUGAUAGUUAUUGAAACCACCCGUAGAGGAAUUGAAAAGAGUUUAUUACCAAGAAUAUUACUACUAUUACUAUUACUACUACUAUUAUUAUUAUUAUUAUUAUUAUUAUUAUUAUUAUUAUUAUUAUUAUUAUUAUUAUUAUUAUUAUUAUUUGCAUUACUAAUAAAAAUGUGAUAGAGAUUACUUAAAGAUAUAGUAUAAUGCUCUCUCUCUCUCUCUCUCUCUCUCUCUCUCUCUCUCUCUCUCUCUCUCUCUCUAAUAUUAAUGUGUGAUAUAUAUAUUAAGAAUGGGAAGUAAGAACACACACACACACACACACACACACACACACACACACACACACACACACACACACACACACACA